AUGUUUGAGGGUUGCAGGAAAGCUGUUCGAUACGCUAUGUUUGCAACCAACUUAUUAAUUUUGAUCGGUGGGGUUGCAGUCUUUGCUGUAGGAGUAUGGACUUUAGCAGACAAGUCGUUCAUGGAGAGACUACUUGAAAACAACCUGUACUUCAGCUGCGGCGCCAUUUUUAUUGGCACUGGUGUGUUAGCAAGCAUCAUCACAUUUCUAGGAUGUAUGGGAGCACUAAAAGAAAUCAAAUGUAUGCUUUUAACGUUCUUCGUUAUCCUUUUCAUGAUAUUUAUCAUAAUGCUUGUGGGAGGAAUCUUAGGAUUUGUGUUUCGUAAUGAGGUGGAGCAGCACAUGCAUACUGGGAUGUUGAAAAGUGUUAAGCAGUAUAUGAAUGUCACAGCAGUAACGGAAGCUUGGGAUGCAAUACAACAGCAGUUUGAAUGCUGUGGGAUUAAACCUGAUGGUGACAGUUCGUACUUACCGUACAGGAUCUGGAUGGACAUGAACACAAACUUUAAAAUGACUGGACCUCGGGUUCCAAAGAGCUGCUGUAAAUCAAUAACGGUGAUUUCUCAGUGUCAGAAGAAUCCUUCGUCGGAUACAGCGUGGACGAAUGAAUGCUAUGAAAACGUGAAAAGUUUUGUACAAGAUCAUGCGAUGGUUCUUGGGGGUAUAGGAAUAGGGAUUGCCUGUGUUUUGGAAAUUGCUAAUGUUAUAACAACACGAAAACCUGAGCGCUAA